ACAUCUACCGGCUGGUUUGUCCAGAGUGGCGCUUUCCAGACGUUUGGGAAGAUGGUGGCCAAACAGAGGAUCCGAAUGGCGAACGAGAAACACAGCAAGAACAUCACGCAGAGAGGAAACGUGGCCAAGACGCUGCGACCACAGGAAGAAAAGUAUCCAGUGGGCCCCUGGCUGCUUGCCCUUUUUGUAUUUGUUGUGUGCGGAUCAGCCAUAUUUCAGAUCAUCCAGAGUAUCCGCAUGGGAAUGUGAUCUCGAAGGAGCACCUCGACACCCCCCCCACCCCCCACCCCCCUCACGCUAUCACUGAAGCUGGACAAGGGCACACCUCUGAACCCCCCCACCCCCCAUCACCACUAUGGCCCAGAGACAGCCUGCAGGCUUCGGAGAGCAUCGAGCCGCCCCCGUACAUUGACCGCCACCGCCUCCUGCCCAUUCCCAUUCACAGUGUGGCGCCGACAGCUUUUCGACGGACAAUCUCAAAGCAACGCCGGCAGUGUCUCGUUACUCACUGCGUGAAACGUGUGCACAUGUAAAUGUAUGCGAGUGCAAAAACGUGCGAGACUGUUUACGCACGCGAGUGCGUGUCCGGAUUCCGGCAGAUGAUGUGCUAUUCUUGCCUGUUGCAGUAUUCAUCCGCUUUG